AUGACCCACUCGAUAUCUACCUUCUUCCGCUCGCAUUCCUCACCCCCCUUCAACAACUCUCACAAAGCUCCAGCGGAAUUCAAAAGACGCCCUUUGAACACCAUUAGGAGGCCUGCGUCUCCAGAUCGGUCGCCGUCUUCGUCUGGCUCAUCCUUGCUCUCACAGGACCUGAGCGUCAAGAUGCCCGACUUGCACAACAAGAGGCUGUCUUUGACAAACCUGAUCACCCCAAAGAGUUCUACAAAAUCAAUCCCACAACAUCAUCCUGUCACUCUCGACAUCAAAAUUGAAUCGCCACCGGCCGUCUGUUAUGGCCCACCAGCGAAUAGCUCGGGCGCAUUGAUCUCGGGACAGCUCCAGCUAAACAUCCAAGAAGAUCAAAUGAGCAUUGAAACGCUUAGGUUGAGAUUCAACGUGGAAGUCACGAGAAAGAAGCCUUUCCGCAAUCACACUCACUGCCCAGACUGUACCAAACAGACGGAGCAAUUGGACGAGUGGAACAUCCUUACUGCUCCAUCCAUUUUGCCAAGAGGUAUUCAUAAUUUCCCAUUCAGCUUUCUUCUGCCAGGCCACCUACCUGCGAGUAUUCAAGGCACCACUACCAAGAUCGAAUACAUCCUGAGAGCAGCCGUUACCACCACUAAGACCGGUGAACCUAUCAAAUCAUCAAAAGUGAUCGACCUCAAGCGUGCAAUCCUUACCCCCGAAAUCCCGAAAAAGUCCAUCCGAAUUUUCCCUCCCACCAACAUUACGGUGAACUGUGAAUUCCCAGCAGUCAUACACCCAAUCGGACAGCAUAACAUCUCUUUGCGCGUAGAUGGCGUUGUUAAGAGGAAUGUCGACGAGAAAACACAGAAUCAGUGGAAGUUAAAACGACUACUAUGGCGUUUGGAGGAGAACGAAAAAUCUAUAUCUCCUGCAUGCCCAAAGCAUUCUGCAAAGUUGGGCAAUGUGGAUGAUGCCAAGAAGGGAGAACUUCACAAGGAAAACAAAAUAAUCGGAAACAGCGAGCUCAAGAAUGGUUGGAAGGGAGACUACAGCAGCCCUGAUGGAAGAAUUGAGGUCGAAUUCCCCAUCAAUGUCCGACCAGAGUCACACCCAACGUGCGAUGUGACAUCUGAGGAUGGAACAGAGAUCACCCACGUCUUGAUCAUAGAGAUGAUCAUUUCCGAUGAGAUGGCAUUAAUUAAAAACCCGAGCAAGGUCACUCCUUCAGGCGCCGCAAGAGUGCUUAGGAUGCACUUCAAUGUCAUCCUCAGCGAGAGAAGUGGCAUGGGUCUCUCCUGGGAUUUGGAACAGCCACCCCUUUACCAGGACGUUCCAACAAGUCCCCCUGGAUAUCGUAACGCGGAUCUCAGUGAUUACACUGGUCCACCCCUUCCCGAUUACGAGGGUUUGCCUCCAUUGGAUGAUCCUGUCGACGAUGCAUCCGCAUCCAAUGGAGGCUGGAGAACCUAG